AUGAAAGCAAUUAAAAAUAAAGUUAAACAGUCGAAUUUAACUAAUUUAGAAACGCAAACAUGGUUGAGAAUUGAAACUUUAAAUGGAAACAAAAUGCUGAUAUAUCUUAACAUUUCAACAAAAAUCUACGCCGAGUUGGAUGAGGAGAAAACAAAACCUGAGAACUUGUUGUUUAACAUUUCCGAAAUUGUUUUUAUGUCUCUGUUUUCCAAUGUAGUUCAAUAUUAA